UGGCAGUAGAUGCUCGCAUCUAGGGCAAAACGGCUAGCAGGGAAAGGGUUAAAUUGGCAUCUCAAUUUGGCUGGAAAAACGCCAACCUGGCAACUCUGCCGGUUUGUCAACAAGGUAAGCUCAAGCCACGCCCACCUCACCUUCAGCUCAAGCUUGUACUCCUACCAACGCAUAAUGCGCUUAUUGGUGGGAAGAAAGUUACCCUCCCCUGGACGUCACGCACAGGUAAACUUCCGGCACAGCAACUUUUACUAUGUACCUGACUGGAAGCGUUUAAUGCUACAAACAUAUCUGUCCGAGAGCAGGUAACUGUGACAGAAGGGUCAAGAAUCACACGCCCUUCCACUUAAUCGUUCGCUAUGAUUACACACGCAACUGGAAAGUACGCGCAGUUCAACGUUGCGCGUGCACGCUUGCGUUACCUCCCAGCUUAGCACGAAACCACGCCCCGUCCCUCCUCUCCCAGACGUCCUAUUCCUCUUCUCUUCUUGCUGCCCAGAACGCUUACAACUGAUACGGUGCGACCGGGAAUCUACCACAGAGAGGGGGGGGACGCGAAAAGCCGCAGUUUUUUUUUUUUGGAUCGUAAGGGAGCUGCAGAUAGAGAAGCGAAGAUGGGUCCUCCACGAGUGUGCGGAGUGUGAUUAUUGUUUCCUGUCUACCUGUUGUGCCUUUUUGUUUCGGCACCACGGAGCAGUUGCCGGAGACCGGCUAGGAUUACAGCCCUGGGCGAGCAUGGCCUGGGUGAAGCUUUUUCGACGUCAGGCAGGAGGGAACCUGGGAAAAGUGUAUCAGCCUGGCAGCGUCCUCUCUCUGGCACCUACCAAGGGCCUCUUCAAUGAGCCCGGACAGAACAGCUGCUUCCUGAACAGCGCCGUGCAGGUGCUGUGGCAAUUGGACAUUUUUCGACGCAGUUUACGGGGACUGACUGGACAUGUUUGCUUAGGAGAUGCCUGUAUAUUUUGUGCAUUAAAGUCCAUAUUUGCACAGUUUCAAACAAGCCGAGAGAAGGUACUUCCAUCGGAUGCUAUGAGACAUGCCCUUGCAGAAAGCUUCAAAGAUGAGCAUCGCUUUCAGCUUGGACUUAUGGAUGAUGCUGCUGAAUGUUUUGAAAACAUAUUGCAGAGGAUUCAUUUCCAUAUUGUGCCAAAUAGUGAAGGAGAUAUGUGCACUUCAAAAUCUUGCAUCACCCAUCAGAAAUUUGCAAUGACUCUUUACGAACAGUGUGUUUGUCGCAGUUGUGGAGCCUCAUCUGAUCCAUUGCCUUUUACUGAGUUUGUGAGAUAUAUUUCUACAACAGCCCUUUGUAAUGAAGUUGACAAAAUGCUGGAGAGGCAUGAACGCCUGAAGCCAGAAAUGUUUGCUGAUUUACUUCAGGCUGCUAACACCACAGAUGAUUACAGGAAGUGUCCGAGUAACUGUGGCCAGAAAAUCAAAAUCCGCCGUGUGCUUAUGAACUGCCCAGAAAUUGUUACUAUUGGCCUAGUUUGGGAUUCCGAUAACUCUGACUUAACUGAAGAUGUUGUACGAAAUUUGGCUACUCAACUUUAUUUACCCGGGCUUUUUUUCAUGGUUACGGAUGAGCAAGCCAAAGAAAGUAGACUUUACCUUGUGGGUAUGAUCUGCUACACAAGUAAACACUACUGUGCCUUUGCCUACCACACAAAGAGUGCCAAGUGGUUUCUGUUUGAUGAUGCAUCUGUAAAAGAGGUUGGAACAAAGUGGAAAGAUGUGGUCACCAAGUGCAUUCGGUGUCAUUACCAACCUUUGCUUUUGUUUUAUGCAAAUCCUGAUGGCACAGCAGUAACGAAUGAGGAUGCACUGAGGCAGGUUCAGCAUUGGUCUCACUGUAAGAGAGAGUUCCAUAGUGAGGAGACAGGAAGUGAAAAGACAUCCUCUGUGCCAAAGAAGCCAGAUUACACCAGAGAUCAGUUCGGUGAACAUAUAUAUCAGAACAAUGGGUACAAACUCCAUGUGGAUGAACCAACUUUUACUAGAGGAAUUGUUCAAUCGAGUGCUGGCAGAGGGCCUGUUAAACUAAAUCGUGAUGAACAACAGGAAAAACUGAGGGAUGUUUCCAGAGAAUGUGCACAGAAAGCAAACCUAAAAAGCUUAUCGUCUUCACAAAGAAAAGUUACUGAGAAAACACAGAAGAAAGAAAUCACCAGACCUAAAGGUAAUUUAGAAUCUUCUGGAGGAGUGGCUUACAAUUCAAAGCCAUCUACAGUAGUGCAUCUCAAGUCUGAAUCCUCCCCUACUGUAAAUGGCUUUAGGAAGUAUCCUGAUCCACAUUUCUAUAGCAGUCAGGGGAGAGGGCCAUACAAGCAAGAGAGAUCCAUGAAUCAGUCUAGACAAUCUUCUUCUUUUAAUGCAGGACAUGCCACAAUACCUGAAUCCAAGCAAGUGGCCAGGGCGAAAAACAAUUUUUCAGCUGGUUAUGAUACAGACAGCAGUCAGGAAUACAGAGAAAAACCAAACCCCAGGAGCAAAAAAGCUUGGAGGCCUAUGCGGGAGACACUCAAUGUGGACAGCAUUUUCAAUGACAAUGAGAAAAGCCAACACGGCCCCAGAAAUUUAGUAGACUCAAAUGGAAAACAAUCUGCUAAGAAUCAUAUUUUCACCCCACCGUCAAAAGAGAGCCCAAAACGUAAUACUCUGAUGACUAUCUUUGAGGAUGAGGUAAAACAGGAAUCUGGCAGCAGGAGUUCCUUGGAAUCAUUAGGAAAAAGUCUAACAGAAAGGAACAAAGUUACUCCUGAUAUGAAGAUGUACUAUCUUGACAACUGGCAGAGAACUGAAUCUGGAUAUGAAAGUAGUGAUCACAUCAGCAGUGGGUCAAGCAAUCUGGAUUCUCCUAUUAUUGAAGGAACUGGUUUUGCGGAUGGAAAGGGCUUGCAAGAUACCAGCCUGUGCAGUGAUCAGCAACAGUCGACAAUUGCACUAUCUACCUCACCACAAAUAAGAAGUAAUCUGCAUGGUAUAAACAAUGAACACCAUGGUCUGGCACACUGUAAAUCUGAAGACAAGCUUUCUGUGGUCCCCCAGGAACCUGCACACAGCCCAUCAGGUCUAAGGAGGCAAUUUGUUGAACUGAGAAGAGACCCACGCUCACCAAACCUGUUGCCAGCAUCCCAUGAUGUUAAGUCAGACGAUCGUAUGGAAAGUUCUAGCUGGUUGAAUUCAUGCUCCUUAGACAGUUGUCAUUUGCACCAUGAAAAUAUUCACUCACUGCGGGAGACUUCAGUGGGCCCAACAAAAAUGCUGAAUAAUGGAUUGUGUUCUCAGCGCCAGCAUCCUUCAGCAACAGGGUCUCUAGCUAAAAUCUCUUCGCAGCCAGCCUCUCACAGCAACAGGCUGCUUCCUCGGUUCUUUGUAUUCGGUGAGGAUCAGUCAUGCAGCAGAGAUGAGCACUGCUCUGUAGAUCAUCCUGAAGUACCUCCUCCUCUUCCCCCUAAAAAAUACAUAAGAAAUGCAGCGCAAAGAACCGAACAAAACUUUGCAUUGCCGAUCAACAGUAAGCUUUCUGAAACAUUAGCACGUGCUUAUCCUGCAAUCUUUGAGAGACAUUUAUCAGGGGAUUUCAUUAGGCCUGAGCCUGAUAGUGGCUAUUAUCCAAAGGAAGAAUCAUGUCAUGGUACUGAGAUUCAGUCUCCUUAUGAUUGUCAGCCAAAGAUGAACCUGCACACUAUGAGUAGAGAUGUUUCUGCAAAUAUAAAUGAUCCCAUUGCACCCACUACUUACUUUUCAGUUGAAAAUCAUGGUACUGACAUUCAGUCUCCUUAUGAUUGUCAGCCAAAGAUGAACCUGCACACUAUAAGUAGAGAUGUUUCUGCAAGUAUAAAUGAUCCCAUUGCACCCACUACUUACUUUUCAGUUGAUAACUGUAUGACGGACACUUACAGGAUGAAAUAUCACCACAGGCCCAGGCUAAACAUGGGAGACCGUUCUGGAUACCAGAGGGAACCUGGCCACCUACAGCUAACUGAUAAAUUAAUGGAACCAGCAUACCACAGAACUCUACAAAAUGCUCACACUUCACUGACUUCACGUACCAAACAAACGUUGGGAGGUAUACCCUGUAAUCGGUAGCCUGUGUGGUUUUUUUUUAUUAUUUAUUCCAGAAUCAUUUCUAUGAACAUUUUACUUUUGUAUAAUAUAGAGAGUGUACAAUCAAACCACAGAACUUGCCUUUCCAAAACCUUUUAGUAUGUAAUCAGACUUUCGAGGUUUGGCUUUUAUUUGCCUUUCUUUUGGAACUUUUUGCCAGCUGGCAUUUACAGUGUUGUAUAGAUGCUAGUGUUGUGUCAUGGACCUAACAACCAGGAAUAGGGCAGAAGUUAAAUUUAUUACUGCAUAGAACAUGCUAAAUGUUCAAUAUGAACAUCUUCUUUUUUUUCUGAGUCUCAGUCUAUCGCAGUUUUAAGACAGGUUCUUAAACCAAAGCACCAGUGUGAGUGUGUGAUGAUAAAACUACUUUUAUUAACAAGAAACUUUUUUUAUAACAGUGUAUGAAAUCUAUAUAUUUUCAUGGCAAUGGAGAAUCUCUGCAGUAUAUUACAAAGCUGUUUGUGAUUUAAAAUUGCAUAGUUAGACUGUGAAAUUUGCAGCAUUAGUGUUGGAAAUGUUCAUAUUUGACAGGUUUGGCUUAAGAUAAAAUGUAAUAUUUAACAAGGGAAUAUUAAUACAUCCUGCCUAGGGGCAAACAUAAAUGGAAAGUAAGGGAAAGCUGAGUACAUUUUUAAUUUUAUGAACCAAACACAUUUUUGGGAAAUUGAAUAUUGCUUCUUUUCACCCAGUAGCACACAGGGCACAUUACAGUCAUUUUUCCUACUGAAGUUUUGAUAUGCAGAGGAAUAGCCAAAGCGACCCCCCAUAGAGUUCAAUGGCUUAUAUAUCAAAAUAACUGUUACUCAGCAAAGACAGAUUUGGUGGGCAAAACACCCAAAAUCCACCACGUAUGCUGUAGCAUUUGGUGGGUACAUUUUUGAUGUGGCAGCCUUAAACAUCUGUCUCAUGGGGCCAAAUAGCCAGUUCCACUAAUUUCUAUAUGCAGAGAUGUUACCCAAUGUUUUAUUGUCCAAGGUAAAUUAUAUAACUGGUGAACAUUAUUAAAUGGUUUCGCUAGCCUUCAGAUUGCACACAGCUAGGUUUAGAAUGCAAAUUGUUUGGGUAAAA